AUGUCUCCAAGCGCCCUUUCACCGCUCAUCUCCAUCAAGGCGCUCGCCUUUGACGUCUUUGGCACGACCGUCGACUGGCGCACCUCGGUCACGGACGAGCUGGAGCUGCGCGUCCACCGCAAGCUGCGCACCCGGGACCGCGGCGCCCCGUCUGCCGCGCUGCGCGCGCGCCUCGAGCACCUCGGCGCCGACCACGCGCCCGACGGGGAGCCGUGGACGGCGCGCUUCGCCGACGCCUGGCGUGCCGCGUACUGGCGCUUUGUGCGGUCGCAGGCGCGCGCCGGCGUGCACGACGCCGCCGCCGCGUUUCCCACCACCGAGGCGCACCUGCGCGCCAGCCUGGAGCGUCUGCUGGACGAGUGGCAGCUCGCGGGGCUGUUCGCCGACGCCGAGCGCGCGUCGCUGAGCAUGGUCUGGCACCGCCUCGCGCCCUGGCCCGACACGGUGCCGGGGCUGGAGAGGCUCGCGGCGCCGCCGCUGCAUCUGCAGACGGCGACGCUGAGCAACGGCAGCACCGGUUUGGUGCGGGAUCUAAACGACUUUGGGGAGCUCGGCUUUCAGCACCUGUUUUGCGCCGAGUCGUUGCGGGCGUACAAGCCCGCGCCGGAGACGUACCUCGGCGCGGCCGCGGCGCUGGGCUUGCAGCCGCGCGAGGUCGCCAUGGUCGCGGCGCACAUGGCGGAUCUGGAGGCGGCGAGGGACGUUGGGUUACGGACCGUGUACGUGGAGAGGCGCGGAGAGGAGCAGUGGGAUGCGGACAAGCUCGCUGAGGCGAGGACGUGGGUUGAUCUUUGGAUCAGCGGGGAUGAGGAUGGGUUUGUCGCGCUGGCGGAGCGGCUUGAGGAGCUGAGGGCAUAG